AUGGCGAACCACGACUACGACGAUCGGGACCGGGCCUACAGCAGCUUCGGCGGCAACAGAGGGCCCCGCGGUAGCGGCCCCCCUGGCGGGCGGCGCGGCAAGGAGCUUCCAUCGGAGCCGCCCUUCACCGCCUACGUGGGCAACCUGCCCCCCAAUACGGUCCAGGGCGACCUGGACGACAUCUUCAAGGGCCUCAGCAUACGCAGCGUCAGACUGGUGCGCGACAAAGAAACAGACAAGUUCAAAGGUUUCUGUUACGUGGAGUUUGACGAUCUGGAGUCCCUGAAGGAGGCCUUGGCCUACGACGGCGCCGAUUUAGGCUCCAGGUCGCUUCGGGUGGACAUCGCCGAGGGACGCAAACAGACGCGAGGGGGGACGGGCUUCGGCUUCAAAGACGACGGUCGAGGCCGAGGAGGUCCCCGAGGAGGCGGUCCCCGAGGAGGACGCGACGACUUUGCAGACGGAGGCUUCAGGGACGACGACUUCUCGGGAGGCCGGAGUCGGGGCGGCGGCCGUAUCGGUGACCGCCGAGGUGGCGGCGGCGGCGGGAUGGGCCGCUUCAGAGACGGACCGCCUCGUGGAGGAACCGCCGACUUUAGGGAACCUUCUGACGAGGAGCGCGCUCAGCGGCCGCGUCUUCAACUGAAGCCCCGCACCGUGUCGGAGCCUCUCAACCAAGUGGCCAACCCCAAUUCCGCCAUCUUUGGGGGCGCCAAACCACGAGAGGAGGUGAUUUCCCGGGAAAAAGCCCAAGACUGA